GUUCUUUCUUUGGGAGCAGAUGUCCUGCCGGAAUAUAAACUACAGACCCCACGCAUCAACAAGUUUACAAUAUUGCACUACAGUCCUUUCAAGGCGGUCUGGGACUGGCUUAUUCUGCUGUUGGUCAUAUACACUGCUAUAUUCACUCCCUACUCUGCAGCUUUCCUCCUCAAUGACAGAGAAGAACAGAAAAGACGAGAAUGUGGCUAUUCCUGUAGCCCUUUGAAUGUGGUAGACUUGAUUGUGGAUAUUAUGUUUAUCAUAGAUAUUCUAAUAAACUUCAGAACAACGUAUGUAAAUCAGAAUGAAGAAGUGGUAAGUGAUCCUGCCAAAAUAGCAAUACACUACUUCAAAGGCUGGUUCCUGAUUGACAUGGUUGCAGCAAUUCCUUUCGACUUGCUGAUUUUUGGAUCAGGUUCUGAUGAGACAACCACAUUAAUUGGUCUAUUGAAGACUGCUCGACUCCUUCGUCUUGUGCGAGUGGCCAGGAAACUGGACCGAUACUCAGAAUAUGGUGCUGCCGUUCUAAUGCUCUUAAUGUGCAUAUUUGCCCUGAUUGCUCACUGGCUGGCUUGCAUUUGGUAUGCAAUUGGGAAUGUAGAAAGGCCGUAUCUGACUGACAAAAUUGGAUGGUUGGAUUCCUUAGGACAACAAAUUGGGAAACGUUACAAUGACAGUGACUCAAGUUCUGGACCAUCCAUUAAAGACAAAUACGUCACAGCACUUUAUUUUACCUUCAGCAGUUUAACCAGUGUAGGAUUUGGAAAUGUGUCUCCUAACACCAAUUCGGAGAAAAUCUUUUCAAUUUGUGUCAUGUUGAUUGGCUCCCUAAUGUAUGCAAGCAUUUUUGGGAAUGUUUCUGCAAUUAUCCAAAGACUAUACUCGGGAACUGCCAGGUACCACAUGCAGAUGCUGCGAGUUAAAGAAUUCAUUCGCUUCCACCAAAUCCCCAACCCUCUGAGGCAACGGCUUGAAGAAUAUUUUCAGCACGCAUGGACUUACACCAAUGGCAUUGACAUGAACAUGGAAGUCUUAAAGGGUUUUCCAGAAUGCUUACAAGCUGACAUCUGCCUACAUCUGAACCAGACUUUGCUGCAAAACUGCAAAGCCUUUCGGGGGGCAAGUAAAGGUUGCCUUAGAGCUUUGGCAAUGAAAUUCAAGACCACCCAUGCCCCUCCAGGAGACACUCUUGUUCACUGUGGGGAUGUCCUCACAGCACUAUACUUCUUAUCCAGAGGCUCCAUUGAAAUCCUCAAAGAUGACAUUGUGGUAGCUAUUCUGGGAAAAAAUGACAUAUUUGGAGAAAUGGUUCACCUCUAUGCCAAACCUGGCAAGUCAAACGCAGAUGUAAGAGCUCUCACAUACUGUGACUUGCAUAAGAUUCAACGAGAAGACUUGUUAGAGGUUUUGGAUAUGUAUCCCGAGUUUUCCGAUCACUUUCUAACAAACCUAGAGUUGACUUUCAACCUAAGGCAUGAGAGUGCAAAGUCCAUGAAUGAUUCUGAAGGAGACAACUGUAAGCUACAAAGGAGGAGAUUGUCCUUUGAAAGUGAAGGAGAGAAAGAUUUUGACAAAGAAAAUAGUGCGAAUGAUCCUGACGACUCUGUGGAUACCAUAAGACGUUAUCAGAGUUCCAAGAAACACUUUGAAGAGAAAAAAAGCAGAUCCUCAUCUUUCAUCUCCUCCAUUGACGAUGAACAAAAACCACUCUUCUCAGGAAUAGUAGAUUCUACUCCAAGAAUAGGGAAAGCAACUGGGCUCCAUUUUGAAGAAGCAGUAUCCACCUCAGGAAGAAUUCACACAGAUAAAAAAAGUCACUCUUGCAAAGAUAUCACUGAUACGACGAGCUGGGAUAGAGAACAUGACAGAGCUCAGCCCGAAGAGUGUAGUCCCUCAGUACUUCAGCGAGCUGCUUGGGGGAUCUCAGAAACUGAAAGUGACCUCACCUAUGGGGAGGUAGAGCAAAGACUGGAUUUGCUUCAGGAACAACUUAACAGACUUGAAUCCCAAAUGACGACAGAUAUUCAGACCAUCUUACAGCUGCUGCAGAAACAAACUACUGUGGUCCCUCCAGCCUACAGUAUGGUAACUGCAGGAGCAGAGUACCAGAGACCCAUCCUCCAUCUGAUGAGAACCAGUCAUCCCAUAGCAUCCAUUAAGACUGACAGAAGCUUCAGCCCCUCCUCACAA